GCGAGCGGAAGGAGAGGGCCGCUGGCCGGAAGUGGGUUGUGGAGCGGUUGAUGCUGGAGGACUCUGUGUAUUGACUUACCUGGUGCGGCCCGGGACUGGAGUUAGGAUGCUACUUUCGCGGGCUUCAGUGCUGGAGGAGGCCAGAAGAGGGCGUUGGAUCUUCUGGGACUUGAAUUAAAGUUGAUCAUGAGCCACACAGUGUGGGCGUUGGGAAUCAAACCCUGAUCCUCUGGAAGAGCAGCCAGUAUUCUUAAACAGUGAACAAUCUCUCCAGCCAGUGAGGAUCCUAUCUAAACUUCUGAGAAAGCGAUUGGGCAUGAGAUACGAUCUGCCGAAGUCCCAAAGAUCCCAGAUCGGAGGCAAGAGAUGGCACUCAGGCUGGCGAUGAACAUAAUUUGAUGCAGAUGAACGGAAUAGUCUCUAUGUAUUCCUUCCAACCCAGCCGUUUCUGAUGCUUGGAAGCUAUCCUUUCAUCCACAAAGAUGGUAAUAAAUCUUUGCCUCCCACAGUUCAGACCAAGAAUUCACUGCAACAAGGUGUCAGCUGAUGGCUAUGAAGUAGAAAAUCUCAUCUCUGAAGACCUCAUAAAGAGAAGCCAUGGCUUUAGAACAGAGUAUUUCAUUAGACCUCCAGUCUAUGUGACAGUUUCCUUUCCCUUUAACGUGGAAAUCUGUAGGGUUAACAUAGAUCUCACAGCUGGGGGAAGUCAGAAUGUCACUGGCCUGGAAUUAUAUACAUCUGCCUUAUCUAGCAGAGCCUCUCAGGAUGCACAGGACUGCUGGACUACAGGCCCAAUGGACACAUCUGUCCCAGACAAGGAGGCCUUCACCUUAGUAGGCAAAGUCUUACUGAAAAACCAGAACCAUGUGGUGUUCAGCCACAGGGGCUUCAAGGCCAGGCCACCUUUUAGCCCAAUGGAAGUCACACUCCUCUCUCCUGCUGUUGUAGCCCAGGAACUCUGGAAUAAAGGGGCUCUUUCCCUUAGCCAUGUGGCCCACCUCAAGAUCGGCAUCACCCAUGUGACAGGGAGUGGCAUCUCUUGCAUCAAGCGUUUAGAGGUGUGGGGUCAGCCAGCCAGGACCUGCUCUCAGGAGGUGAUAAAUAGUGUCUUGUUGACAGCCUCAGAAAGCUUGCCUCAGGACUCGGGUCUGCACCCUCCAGCCUUGCCCAUGGAGAGUGACUAUGACCCUGGAGGUCAAUCUGAGGGCCAGCAGUCUUCCUGUACCUUACAGGACAUGUCUGAGGUGGUUCGUGAUGUGCCAGAGGAGUUCCUGGAUCCUAUCACCCUGGAGAUCAUGCCAUGCCCCAUGCUGCUGCCUUCAGGCAAGGUCAUUGACCAGAGCACUCUGGAGAAGUGUAACCUCAGUGAAGCUGCUUGGGGCCGAGUGCCCAGUGACCCUUUCACAGGGCUAGCCUUUACGCCACAGUCCCAGCCCCUACCUCAUCCUUCCCUGAAGGCCCGGAUCGACCGUUUCCUCCUCCAGCACUCUAUUUCAGGCUGCCACCUGCUUGGGAGAGCACAGACUCCAUCCGCAAUGGUCCCUUCUAUCAUUACCCUGCCCUCACGGAAAAGGAAGACAGAGCGGGCUGAGCACAGCUCACACUACAGCCUUGGCAUGGAUGCUUCUUCCUCUGCCACAAGCCCUUUACUUUCACCCACUACCUCAGAGCCGACUGCCAAGAAGAUGAAAGCCGCCAGUGAGCUCGGCCUGACAGACAUGGACUGUUCAUCAGAGCAUCCAAGGAGUGUUUCUGGCCCAGAGUGUGCCUCCUGCAAACGAGCAUUUUCUUCCUACUCCACAAAUGAGCCUGUGUACCAGCUGCCCUGUGGCCACCUUCUGUGCCGACCCUGCCUGAGUGAGAAGCAGCGCUCCCAGCCCAUGAUGUGCACAGCCUGCCAGCAGCCAGUCACCAGCCAGGAUGUGCUGCGGGUCCAUUUUUGAGUGACAAGCCUCAACUGGAGAAGCCCCAUUUUGGGGGAGACCUGAAGGUGGAGGAAGCAAGAACAGGAUCCCAGUGCCUCUGUCCUCUCCUGGGCUGGAAUACCUCAUGGUGUGUUAUGGGGACUGGGUAGGGACCUCCCACUCCUGCUUAGGCAACAACAGGAUAAUAAAGCCAUAGGGCUGGGCUGGGGAAGACAUCCCUAUUCUUCCUGGCCUAGCUUGCCACUUCCCAACCAGAGCCAGCCCCAGCUGUUGAGGAGCACCCCCUGAUGCCCCCGUGUUAUCUGCAUACAACCUUGUAACGGAGCUUUGUGGAUGGAGCUCAACAGACGGUGACUUGGGACCUCACACAGCCUUCUCUGCCUCAGGGUCACUCAAGUGGACCAUGGUAGGGGCUGUUAAGCACAUGAGUUAUCCAUGUGUACCCUACCCCUGCAGACACUUGCAGCCUUAAUAAAGUGACAGUUGACAUUCAAUGAGGAUUCCUCCUGGCACACAGAACAGGACAGCCAUAUGCAAUUGCUUGCACCGGGUAGACAAGGGUUCAGAUCUGUCCAGCGUGGGUGUUGGUGUCAAGGAAAAGCGAGUAGCUCCCCUCAGGCCAGGAGCCAGAGUUGCUCCUGGAGCCACUCUCCAAGGGAGAGAAUUCCUGUUCCAUAUGUAGCCCACUGCAAGAAAAAACUUGUUUAUAGGAAACGCUUUUAACAAAAUCUGUAUAUGUGUGUAGGCACAUGUGUGCCCUGGUGCGUCUAUGGAAAUCAGUGCUCCAGGGAUCAGCUCACUCUUUCCAACCAUAUGACUCCCAAAACCUCUCCUUUACCCUCGGAGCCACCUCUUGGAUCCCUAGGCUACAUUUUUUUUCCUUUCCUUCCUUAUGGAGUCCCAAAGAAACAAAUUGCAUAUAGCUCUGCUGGCCCUGUAGAGCUUCCAGCCAGUAGACGACACCUGUGCAGGACCUCACAGUCCUGCUCCCUUCCGGCCAUUCUGCUCCGUCUGUGAGAUAAAUCACAGCCCCUUGACCCACUUGUUGUCUCCCCUUGGUUGCCAGGGCUCAAUCCCAAGAUUCAGGGAAUCUGCUUUCAGAGCUCCUAGGAGAUGUGUCCGUAGAGGUAGCCAGUAGGGGAAUGUCACCUCCUUCUUCCUACACAUACCAGUGCCUGUUGGGCUUCAGCCUUCGUCUGAAACGCUAGGGUCUGUGUGGACAAGCCACCCUGCACUCCUGGUGGCUCCCGCACACCCCACUCUAUGCCUGAGCCUCCCUUCUGGGUAUUGUGUUCUUGGCCCAUGCAACUACAGAGGGCUUGGUUUGGGGGUCCUUACCUCUCCAUAACCUAUCAUGGUCUCUGGAGUGGCCCACUUCCUACUCAGCCUUUACACCUCUAUAUGAGUACCGGAAGCCAUCCCUGCCCCCCUCCCACUCCCAACAGCCCCCACACUGCUGCUUCUCUGCAGCUCUACCAGAGUUACCUGGCCUACUCUAUUGGAAAACUAGGUCUGGGAGUCCCUGGGGUAGGCUAGAGAUACACUGAGUCCAGGGCAGGGGGAGCCACUCCUACAUCAUAAACGUGAUUAAAUUUUCUGACCCUGCCCCCAUGGAAGAGCUCUUUUUCUUCAUCCGAUACCAGAAACGUUAUAAUCUUCCUUAGAAUACAUGAAUGAAAGCUGGGUGUGGUAUAAGUUUGUAAAUACAAAUAUCUGAAGGACUGCUGUGAGUUCAAGGUCAGCCCUGGCUACAUACUUUCAUGUCUCAAAGACACUGAAAUAAAAAUAUAUU